AUGAAUGGUUCUGCAUCUCUGAUCUCAUCUAGGGUUGGAACAAUGUUAACGCUUUUAUUUCUGGUGAAUUGUGCAAUUGCCGAUGUGUACCGAAUGUCACUCACAAAAAUCGAGUCUCCAAUGGUGCAAAUGAUGAGAAAAGAAACAUGGAAAGCAGAACUAAGGAAAAUGAAAGAGACGCGUACGCAGAUCACAAACGCUGGCAAGCCGUCGUUUCCUGUAAACAAAUUCUCUGAAUUUCUCUUUGUGUUUGAUCGAUCUCCAUACAUGAACUGUUUGUUGAUUCUCCAUUCUCUUCAACGAUUUCCAAUAAACCUCGGCAUAAUGGUAUAUGAUUAUUAUGGUAUCGAAUAUGUUGGCAACAUUACCAUCGGUACUCCGGAACAAUCGUUUGAGGUAGUAUUUGAUACUGCAUCAAGUGAAGUAUGGGUACCAGAUUACUCUUGUGCGCCCACUCCGGAACCGGAAUGCGACAGAUCAGAGUGCGACUCGGGAUUGGCGUGCAGAGUUUUUUGUCCGGAAAUAUCGUGUUGUGAACAAAAGAAGAUUCUAAACGAGGAGGAAUAUUCCUGCAAAGGAAAGCAUAUCUUCAAUUCGAAGAAAUCAAACACUUACGUCCCUACAGAAGGAUCUUGGAGCGACGCGUACGGUAAUGGAGAAGCGGAGGGAUUCUAUGGCAACGAUACGGUGCGAUUCGGUGGUAUUGGUACCAACCAACUGAUUGUUCCUGGUGCUCAUUUUGGUCAAGCCGAAUUAAUUACUGGCUACUUUACUGAACAUCCUAUUGAUGGUGUUUUUGGUUUGGGAUUUCCUAUUCUUUGCACAGAAGAAGUAGUUACUCCAUUCCAACGUGCGUAUGACCUACAAUUAAUCGAUCCCGUGUUCACCGUUUUUCUAAAACAUGCCAAUGAAAUUGAGGAAGACAAGUUCGGUGGAAUGUUUACAUUUGGUGGUGUCGACGAGGAACACUGCGAAAAAGCCAUCACCUACGAAACGUUAACUGAAGCUGCAUAUUGGAAAUUCAAGAUGGCUAAUAUUUCUUGUGGGAGCUUCAGUGCCAAAAAUGAAUGGUCAGCAACAACUCAUACAGGAGACCUUUUUAUUAGCGGUCCUUGGAGAAUUAUUUCAGAAAUGGCCAAACAAUACAAUGCUGUGUAUAAUGAAGACAUGGAUAUAUUUGUGAUCGAUUGCAACGCUCAACCAAGAAUGGAAAUCGGUAUCGGAUCUCACAAAUACACAAUUCGAUCUUCAAACCUCAUUAUUAAAGUCAAGGAAGAUUAUUGUAUUUUUGCGCUUCGUUCGCAUGAAACUGGAGGUUUUUUCCCCACUUGGUCCCUUGGUUAUCCAUUCAUUAGAGAAUACUGUAAUGUCUACGAUUGGGGAAAUGAACGUAUAGGUUUUGCUAAAUCAAUUCAGAAGUAG